CCUAAGAAGCCACGCGCAUCCUACCUUUUCUUUCAGUGUACUAUGCGCUCCUAUUUUGCGAAACGAAAUCCACAUGCUUCGCAAGGAGAGCUCAUGACUGUUUUAGGAAAUACUUGGCAAGCUAUGUCUGACGAAGAGCGCGCCCCCUUUCUCGAGCUUGCCAACGAGGAAGCGAAACGGUACGACAAAGAAAAAUCUUUG